ACUGAAGAAAGGACAGAUUGAGAAUGGAUGGGCUGAGGGGUUGGGGUUGGGGGGCAUCUAAAAACAUAGAGGGACAGAGAUAUAGAGGGAGAUAGAGGGAGGAACAGGAGCAGACAGGCGAGAGAGGUUGAGAGAGAAAGGGAGGGAGCAAAGAGGGUUACCUCAUUUAGAGCUGCUAGUGCACACGGUGCCCGGGAGAAGUUGUGGGAAAGUAAACAGGACAGGAGAUUUCCAGUCUGUGUUCAGCCACUUGCAGCCCUCACGGGGAACUAUAAAGAUGAGUGUGCUGGACCCGGCAGUGUGGUAAAACCUGAGAGUCUAUGGGAGGUUACCAGGAUUAAAGGGUCACCAGGGAGUGUCUGAAUCUUCUUGGAGGACAUACUAUUAAGGACAAGAAGCAAUCAUGUCUACUACGAUGUCUCACCAACCACCAAAAGAUGAUGAGGAGGAGGAGGAUGAGCAGGGGGAAGAGUUUGUGUUUGAGGACAGCACAGAUGAGGAGAAAACUCUGGAAGGCAGUAAAGACAUCGUCUCAGAUUGUGACAAACCUGUCCAGGUGUCAAACAAGGAGGACAGUGAGACACCAGCUGGUGUAUCAGAGGAAGCCUCGGUCACUUCACAGCUUCCUAAAUCUCCAUCUCCUGUGUCAUCAGAAAGGAUUACCACCAAUCAGGCAGCAGCAAUAUCCAUCACAGAUGUUCCAGUUACUGAGUCACCCAGCUGGGCCACAGCAGCAGCCGAGCCCGCUUCUUCAGCUUGUUGUGUGGGAGAGGAGCUUCAGGGGCUUCCCGUGGCAGCACCGACUGUGGAAACGUUGGCUUAUACAGAAGACCACAGCAAAGAAAGCGUCAAGGAAAGUUGCGACUCAACGGACAUUUCUAAAGCUUUGUAUGUGUCUGAAGCUGAAUCACAGGCGGCGCAGGCUUCAGAGGUCAUCUAUGAUGAUGUUCCAAGUGAGGAACCGCUCUCCCCCGAUGAAGCAGAUAUGAUCUACGAAGAUGUUCAGAGAGUCAGCGGUCCUCCGGAGGCAGACAAUGGAUGGAGCUCCAGCGAGUUUGAGAGCUACGAUGAGCAAUCCGAUAAUGAGGCCAAGCUUCCUUCAAGAAGCAAGCUCUCUCCUGAAGUACGUCGGCUGAGGGAACGGUGUGCCAGGACCAAACGUGAACUGGCCAUGAAGCUGUCUGGAAAGCACUACUAUGACAUCAAGGUUCAGCAGCUCAUGAAGGCGGCAAGAAGCGGAACGAAGGAUGGGCUUGAACGCACCAAAAUAGCCGUCAUGAAGAAAGUUCCCUUCCUGCAGAGAAAAGAUCAAAUGGAGGAGGAGGACGAUGCCGGAUACCUGGAUGUGGCUGUUUCAGAGGUGAAGCAUCCUCCCCCACAGCUGAGCCCCAUGCCAGAGGGGCUGACCAGCCACCAGGUUGUCAGACGCCAUAUCCUCAGCUCCAUCAUCCAGAGCGAGCGGAGCUACCUGGAGUCUCUGAGGAGAAUCUUGCAGGAGUACCACAGACCAUUGAUGGAGGCAGAUCCACGCAUCCUGAGUCCAAGGAAGAUCCGACCCAUCUUCCACCGAAUCAGAGAGAUUACACAGUGCCACUCCAUGUUUCAGAUUGCCCUGGCAUCUCGUGUGGCUGAGUGGGACAGCAAUGAAAAAAUCGGAGACUUAUUUGUCGCCUCAUUUUCCAAGUCCAUGGUGCUGGAUGUGUACAGUGAUUAUGUGAACAACUUCACCAAUGCUAUGGCUCUCAUUAAGAAGGCAUGCAUGUCCAAACCAGCUUUUCUUGAAUUCCUAAAGAAGAAACAGGCAUCCAGCGUUGACAGAAUCACUCUGUAUGGCCUGAUGGUUAAACCCAUUCAACGAUUUCCCCAGUUCAUUUUGCUCUUGCAGGACAUGCUAAAAAAUACACCAAAGGGCCACGUGGACCGUCUUCCCUUACAGCUUGCCCUGACAGAGCUGGAGAUGCUGGCUGAGAAGCUGAAUGAACAGAAACGAGUAGCUGACCAGAUUGCAGAGACUCAACAACUGGCCCGCAGCGUCAGUGAUCGACUGCUCAGUAAGCAACUAAACUCGGAGCAGGGGUCACUGGUGCUUUGCGAGACGCUUAUUGAGACUGUGUACGGCGAGCGGGGACAAGUCCUGAAAUCGAAGGAGAGAAAGGUCUUCCUCUUUGAUGAUGUUCUCAUCUGUGCCAACAUAAAUGUCAAAGGGCCUCCAGAUAUCAGCAGCCUUGUGCCUGUCGGCCCCAAGUACACCAUGAAAUGGAGCGCCCCCCUACAGCAAGUGCAAGUCGUAGAGGUUGGGCAGGAGGGCUCUCAAAGCAAAGACACCUUGUUCCAACAGAGUGCGGCUAGGAGACCAGGUGGUGCCUGCUCUUCAGGUAAAGCUCUCCUUGGCCCUCCAAGACUGUAUCAGGAGCUGCAGGAACUGCAACAUGAUCUUUCAGUGGUGGAAGAAGUUACUCUGCUUGUGGGCACAUUGCAGGGGACAUACCAGAAUCUGAACACCACUGUGGCACAGGACUGGUGUCUGGCUCUACAGAGGCUUAUCCGCAUCAAAGAAGAACAGAUCCAGUGUGCUAACAAAUGUCGCUUACGUCUGCAAGUGCCUGGCAGACCAGACAAGUCCGGGCGCCCUGUCAGCUUCAUGGUGGUCUUCAACACUCCCAACCCUCUCAGUAAGAUUUCCUGGGUCAACCGUAUGCAUUUGGCCAAGAUUGCACUACGAGAGGAGAAUUCACCAGGCUGGUUAUGUGGCGAGGAUGAAGGGAAGACAAUAGCUCCAUUUUGGUGUCCACUACUUGCUUGUUACAUGCCUGUUUUUGCUGCAAAAUCCCUAGAGAGAAAGCUUGAAACUGCUCUCCACAAUCCUGUUCACUGUGCACUGUUGGGCUUCUCUGCAGCAAGUACUUCCUUACCUCAAGGCUACCUCUGGGUGGCUGGUGGAGAAGAAGGUUCUAAAGGCCACAUAGAGAUAUUUUCCCUCAACAGGCCCACACCAAGGGCUGUAAAAAGUCUGCAAGUAGGCUCUGCUGUCCGAUGUCUGGAGUAUGUGCUGCUACCUUCUCCGACUGAGGAGGGCGAGGCAGGAGUUCACAAGGCUGUCUCGGGAAUCGGUACCAACAUUUGUGUUGGAUUAGAUGAUGGCCGCAUUCUGGUCUAUGGCAGCGUGGACACUGCAGCACAAUGCCUGCUGACCCUCUACAACCCAGAGGGCUGCCCCGUGCUGUGCCUGAAGCAUUCCCCUCACUUCCUGUUUGCGGGCCUGCGGAACGGGACCGUGAUGGUUUAUGGAAGAAACAAUAGUGAUGACCUUUGGGACCCUGCUUCCAGCAGGUGUGUAAGCUUGGGGUCAGAACCAGUGCGGACGUUGCUGGUACUGGAUGAAACAGUUUGGGCAAGCUGUGGGAACUCUAUCAUUGUUCUGGAAAUCUCCACCCUGACAACUCAGAAAUUUGAAGUCCAUCCAGACCCGAUGGUCAGUGUUGCACACAUGGCAUGUGCUGGUGGAGGGGUGUGGAUGGCGUUCUCAGAGGGUUCCUCCAUCCGUCUCUUUCAUACUGAAACACUGGAGCUUCUGCAGGAAAUCAACAUCUCAACACGCUCUACGCUGCUGAACACCGGUCAAAAGAGCAUGAGGGUCACAAGUCUUCUAAUUUGUCAAGGGCUGUUAUGGGUCGGCACCGCCCAGGGCUUAAUUAUCACUCUUCCAGUUCCUAAAUUGGAGGGCAUCCCCAAAAUAACAGGAAAGGGAAUGAUCUCUUUAAAUGCUCACUGUGGACCAGUGGACUUCCUUGUGGCAACCACCAGCACUCUAUCUCCUGAGUUGUUUAAGAGGGAUUCUGUUGUGGACGGCCCAGACUCUGCCUGUGGAGGCGAGGAUCGCAGCGACACCUCAUCUCAGGAGUCCCUUCAACAGUCCGGCUCUUGCAAGGGGGAGGAAAAAGGCAAAGGACAUGGUGUUUUGCUCCAGUACAAGCUGCGCUCCACAUCAGGACUACCUGGAAGACCAUUAACAGCACAGGGCGACGAGAUGUCAAACUCUUCCCUGGAGUCUUUGGAGCACAGCUUGGAGGAUGGAUCAAUCUAUGAACUUAGUGAUGACCCAGAUAUGUGGGUUCGAGGACGGCCCUGCGAGAAGGACGGGGCACGCAGGGACAGGGUGAUCUCUGCAGCAGUCAUAUCUGGAGGAAAGGGCUUUCGCAGACUAAAGGAAAGAACUGCUGCAGGCGUGAGGACAAGUGGAGACUGUUUAGAAAAUAUUCUAAUGGUAUGGCAGCUCCCACUGACAGUGUGAUGUGGAAAAUAUAUGGAAAGCCAAUGUGUAUUUAUAGAUGUCUGCCCAGUUUAGCCUUGAAUCAUCUGCUCCAUAAAUUCAAGAGAUUUGAUUACAUGAUGAGGUGCUGCCACUGCUGCAGAGCUUGAUGUUGUACCAUUUAGCCUGUGGAAAAAGGAAGCUAAGACCUGCUGUUUAUGACAGGCAAUGUCGGCCCAAAUGGAUGCCUUGAAUAUUCAAAAUUGUGUGUCAUCAUCUCCCCGGCGGUGGCAGAGGUUGCCACAGAUUAGUUCCAUGUCAUUAUUCCAAUCUGGUUCCUCUGCUUGCCUUAGUUAAGACUGAUAUGCCUCUAUGUGCAUUAGCACAUUUUUUUUAUGCUGAGGAUUGUGAGCACCCAUGGACAGCAGGCCUUUGAAAGGAAGCCUUUGUUAAAUCCUCGAUGAUCUGCAGAAUUUUAAAAAAAUUAGCCUCUUCUAUCUGAUCCUGUGGGAGAGAUCUAAUC